UCCAGUUGGGGGCAGCUCAGGGUUCCCUGGGCCUUGAAGCAGGGAAGUUCUUGCAGGGGGGCGCCUCUGGCUGCCCCGAGGUGCGAGGAGACUCCAUGGGGCUAAGGAUCUAUGGGGCUGGAGCGAGGGUUGCCUAUUGAACCUUGAUUCAGGAGCUGCUGGGGUGGGGGGUGUUGCCCCCCCCCAAGCACAGCCUUGUUAGCUGGAGAGGUAACAGGAUAUCUGUGGAUCAGUGGAUCACAAUAGCGUCAGAAGAUACAAAUCUCAGCCCCUCAAAUCAGAAUUUGUCCCCCCCCCUGCCCUUCAGCCAGUGGCUUAGUUGCCUUCUAGACCCUGGCAAGGAAUUUCCGGAGCUGGUUCAGCAGAGAAAGGCACUUUGCACUACUCAGGAGCGCUCUUUUAUCCUUUCUUGGGGGGGGGCGGGGGGGGCGUGUCUAAGAUUUGCAAACAGAGGUUGGGGUUGGAUCCUGAAUUGCAGUGAAGCCCUGCUUCUGAUUAGUAAACUAACUGCGAUCAUCCAUCAUAUGGCGAGUUACUCCAGUCUAAGCCCAUUGAAGUCAAUGGACUUAGACUGGCGUAACUUUCCGUAGGGUUGCGGUGUAAAAACUUCACUUGGUUAGUCUUGCAGUUAGCCAGUUUAAGUCAUGGUCUCCUAAUGUUAUUUAGUAUAUAAAUGCACAGCCACCACCUAGGGGCUGGUUUUCUCCCUCCCCCACUGCAUUCUCUGGAUGUUUCUGUAUCGAAUCAGCAAUGAACUGUAAAGUUGUUUGUACUCUUUGGAGGUUCCUGGCAAAAGCUGUUUCCUUCAGGUCCUAUGGCAACCAACAGCACAAAGCACACCCACGGAAGUCUGGAUUAAUCCCUUGACAGCUGGUGCAAAGAGGAAGGAGGAACAGCUAAGCAGCUGCAAAGAGCAGGGACAGAAGAUGGAACAGCUGGAGAAACUGCGUCUUAAGAAUCAAGAUCUCCUGCAGAGACUAAAGGCAAAUCAAGAGGAAUUCAGGAAACGUCUCCCUGGCAAAUCUCUCCCUCCGCCUCUGCAAUCAAAAAGAAAGAGCAGACAUGACCCAGUUCCCCAAACAGGGAAAGGGAACCAAGGCCAGGCUCCGGAAAACUUAACCAGCGUUGUGAUCAGGGUGUCAAGGGAGGCAAGUCCCCACGUGGCAAGGCCUGGCCUUGGGCCCCCCUCAAAACCCACCACAUCCCACAAGGAAGAGGAGGAAGAAAAAGUACACCAAGCAUCUUUGCCUCCAGACUCCCAGGGCGCUGAGGAGGGAGUGAUGGUGGGAGAAUCUGCCCGAGCCGCUGAAAAAAACACUUCCAGAGACCCAGACAGGAAAUCCAUUCCAGUGAGCCAAACAGAAGCUGAAAGGCAUCCUGCUUACAUGCAGAGGCCCCCAGAGAGGGACAGGCGGGGGGCUGGAGCGGAGCCAGACCAGGUGCAAGCCAAAGACAGCUGUGGGCCAAGAGCAUCGGCUCGGAUGCCGCAGACUCCCAGAUCGAUCCUGCUCACGCCGCAGUGCAAAGAAGCCAAAGAGAAAACGAAGAAGGAGGCCGGGCGCGUGACGUUUGUGUCAGACCCUGAAGAAUACUCUCCCCCUGCAGACGAAUGGUCGGUUCGUCCUUUCCUGGGAUAUGAUUGGAUUGCAGGGUUGCUAGACAUGGACUCUUCAGUGUCAGAGAAACCAGAGCAGUAUUUUUCUGAGCUGCAAGACUUCCGGCGGGUGAACAAAGAUGCUUGCAUCUACGAUGGAUGCUUACGGUCAGAGGCUCUGGGCUCCUCGGUUCUUGAGCAAGAAUCGGAGAGAGAAUCCACUUCUCAUCAGUGCAUCUUCUGCUACCGCCUAAACAAGCGCCUUUUUACUGUGCCGGUGGAUUCAGCGUCUGCCUGUCCCGUCUGCAAAACCCCGAGGACUCGGCGGCCUCCGGAAACUCUGGUGGAACCAGCCUUUGUCAGGGUCAGCAUCCCGCGGUCCACCCUGCUGCCCGCUUACAAGCACAAAAUCCAUCGCAGGAAAAGCUACGAGCCAGCAGAUGACCUGGCAUUGCCCUCCCACUGCCUGGCCGGCUGGGAGAACCCCAUCCAAGCCUUCAGCCCCGCAUUGAGCAGCCUCGACCUCCAAGGCGCCCUGGCUGCCAAGCCUUCUGGCCAUUCGGAUGGGUUCCAGAAUUCUGUGUCUAGAGUAUCUGGCGGAACCAGGACUGACGAACUCCUCAACCUGUCCCAUCUGACCGCAUUUGAGCUCAGCAACGUCUCUCGUCUGUGGCGUCACCGGAAGUUGCCCAGCUACACGGUGCCUUCCAGUUGAAGUGAUUCCUCUUCCUUCCACCACCACCACCACCACCAAUGGGGCGUUCAAGGAGCCUGGUGUUAAGGACUGGGGCUUCUUCUCCACCUGCAAGCUCAACAGCCCACAGAGGCUCCUGCCGCAAAACACAUUUCAACUAAUUACGGGGUUUUAAAUAAAAAUAACACUUUGUUCCUCAAAGACCAGGGAAUUUAAAACAAUUUUCAAAGUUCUUUUUUUCCAAAUGGUACUUGAACAGGGAGAGAGUUUAAAACUGUUACUUUUCAAUAAAAAUGGUUUUACUUA